UAAAUUGGCAAUGCCCUAAAAAUUUUACACAGUCAUUUGCAUUAUAAUUUCUUUUAGUAAAGCGAAAAUUUGUGCUGUUGAAUAAAAAUGGAUGUACUUGUUCCGGAAAAGGAGGAUGUUCUUGAAUUCAAGUUAAAAGAUGCUCACAGUUCUCUGGAUGAACUGGACGUAGACGAUUUGUAUGUGCGAUAUAAGAAACUGCAAAAAACGCUCGAAUUUCUUGAAGUACAAGAAGAGUAUAUUAAGGAUGAACAGCGCAAUCUAAAGAAAGAAUAUCUUCAUGCUCAAGAGGAAGUUAAACGCAUUCAAUCGGUCCCAUUGGUCAUAGGCCAGUUUUUAGAAGCUGUGGACCAAAACACGGGAAUCGUGGGGUCAACAACUGGUUCCAACUAUUAUGUUCGCAUCUUAUCUACUAUUGAUCGUGAAUUAUUAAAGCCAUCGGCAUCUGUGGCACUGCAUAAACAUAGCAAUGCCUUAGUAGAUGUGCUGCCUCCAGAAGCUGAUAGCUCAAUAUCGAUGCUUCAACCGGAUGAGAAGCCCGAUGUGAGUUAUGCUGAUAUUGGAGGUAUGGAUAUGCAGAAACAGGAAAUUCGUGAAGCUGUUGAAUUACCGUUAACUCAUUUCGAAUUAUACAAGCAAAUUGGUAUUGAUCCACCUCGUGGAGUGCUGAUGUAUGGACCACCCGGUUGUGGAAAAACUAUGCUUGCUAAGGCAGUAGCUCAUCACACAACUGCAUCUUUCAUUCGUGUUGUUGGUUCCGAAUUCGUUCAAAAGUACCUCGGCGAAGGGCCUCGUAUGGUACGCGAUGUUUUCCGUUUAGCAAAGGAAAAUGCCCCUGCUAUUAUAUUCAUUGAUGAAAUUGAUGCAAUCGCAACAAAACGUUUUGAUGCUCAGACCGGUGCUGAUAGAGAAGUACAGCGUAUUCUUUUGGAGCUUCUAAAUCAAAUGGACGGUUUCGAUCAAACGACAAAUGUUAAGGUUAUUAUGGCAACAAAUCGUGCCGACACACUCGAUCCCGCACUUUUACGUCCUGGACGCCUUGACAGAAAAAUUGAGUUCCCUCUUCCAGAUAGAAGGCAAAAAAGAUUAAUAUUUUCGACAAUUACAUCUAAAAUGAAUUUGAGCGAAGAUGUGGACUUGGAAGAUUAUGUAGCACGACCAGAUAAAAUUUCUGGUGCGGACAUCAAUGCUAUUUGCCAAGAGGCAGGUAUGCAUGCCGUCAGAGAGAAUCGAUACAUCGUUUUAGGAAAGGACUUUGAGAAAGGUUAUAAAAAUAAUAUUAAAAAAGAUGAACAAGAACAUGAGUUUUAUAAAUAAAAUAACCGUUAUUUGUAUUUAUAGAAUUUAAAUAAAAUAUUGUCCGAAAACUUAA